AUGUCUUUUUGUGAUAACUUGGCUGCAAAUUGUUUGACAGUAAAUCUGGUGUUCCACGAGUAUACCAUUUGUCACGUCUCGACACAUGAUAUUGAUAAGUUAGCUGUUAUUUUCACCAAAGUUUUCGGGUGGGCAAGCAGAUUUUUAUAUUUUUUAUUGGGUGUAUGUAAAUUUUACGUGCCUAAAUGAAAAGAUACCACGAAAUCCUCAAUAAUUAUUUGUGUAUAUUUCUCACAUGUGAUAUUGAUAUACAAUACAUUUCUAUAAAUGUAAACUUCUAGAAUGACUAGAAGAAAUUAGGCUAGAUAGGUAGCAUGUAGAUAUAUCAGUGUUUUGCAGUUUUUCUAAAAUAGAUGACUCCAACUUAUCAGUGUUUAAGAGGGCUUAAGAGCACACAAGAUUUUUAGAGCUCACCACUAACCCAAGACUUAGCUGGUCUCAAUUAUGAUAUAGUAGAUAUAUCUUCUAGUUGUUGGGGUCAUGAAAAAGAAAGGAUGUACUUGAUUCAUUUCUUUUUUUUUCGUUAUAUUUUCUUGCUGGUGUGUGUUGUAUAUAAAGUUCAAUAAUUAACAUGAAAAGAAAAACAAACUGAAGAAACCAACUGUAAAGCCCUUCAAUCUUAUUAUUCUAUAAGUUGGAUCUCUUUUCUUUUAUUUGCUUUAGCAUGUGGUUUUCAAAAUCUUCUUUUAAGAUAAAGACCAUAUCUUAUUGUAAAUUUUUUUAAUUUCCAAUCAACACAUACAUUAAAGAUAGAAAACUUGCGUAGUUUGAUAUGAGUUUGGGUUAAAUCCGAAACUAAAGCUUAUGGUCUAUGGGCUUUUGUAAAAACAUUUUCUUUACCCCCUUUAUUUAAUUAUAAAGAAUGCAUUUACAAAAAAAAAAAACUUGCGUAGUUAUUUUCAAAUUGGAAUUGAAAUUAAUUAGAACAUUGAACCAAGCCACAUAGAAUAAAAGCAUAUCACGCGAAAGUGAUGAACACUUCAGGAAAAGCUGAAUCGAGUUAUGAAUUUUAUGAAAAGUGUUAAUGUGUUAGUGUUAUCAUUACAACUUUUAAAUAAAGAAAUAAAUUGAACAUGAAAAGCAGCAUUGGGAAGGAGUAGCAUGUCCCCACUUACUGACACACCUCAAGUAUGUUCACUUUACAGUAGUAUGUGUAUGUGCGUAUUUUGUAUAUUUUGUAUAUUUCCUACACGUAUAGCUGUAGAGAAACGUGAAGAAAUCUAAUUGUGGAACUUAUAAGUCUGAUCGUAUUAAGUAUUCAAUGAGCAGACAAUGAACUAUGUACUUUAACCCGAAAAAGGAAAAGAGGCAAGAAGAAUGAACAAGCAUUUACCCUUGCGUCACCAUUGAAGUUCUUACAAGAAGUCUCACGGGUUGUUAAGAAGAUGGUUUGAUGUGUUUUACUACCAGUUUCUUUCAGAACCAUUUCACUUUAGGUUCUUUAUUCUUUUGAUUCCUUGGGUGUUGUAAUCCACACUAUUUUAAAUAGAUACUAUAUUUUUUUUUUAUUAAAUCACUUUGAUUUUUAUUAAAAAAGGAAAAGAGAGAUGUUUGCUUAAUUACAUAAUAUGUGUGAUAAUUUGGCUUUGAAAUAUUUAUGCAGUUAUACUUUUAGGCCGAAUGAUAUUUCAUAUUUUAAAUUUACUAUUUGUAAUUUGCUCUAUAUAUAACAGAUAAACUUACUUGAGCUACAUGCUAAUAUUAUAUACUGUUAUGAUUCCAAUCCGGUCUGUAGUUGAUUUCAAUAUUACACUGUUCUGAUUUGAUCCUUCAUGCUAAAGGCUACCUACAAUUCAUCACGGUUCAAGUUUGGGCUGCAUGAAACAACCUCGAACCUGCUCAUCUUUGCAACGUGCUAAUUUGUCUAAAGUUUAAAGCAGGCUAGGUUUAAAAGAAAACUAUUCGGAGAUGUAUCAUUUUUAUGUGCACAAAAAGAAAAGUUUUCAUUUUUUAUUUACUGAUGAAUAUGUAGGGAAAAAGUGUGAAGAUUUUUUGGUUCUUAUACAGAAAAUCUUUCCUUUUUAAUUGUAUGAUGAGAAGGCAAAAGGGCAGACAUGUGCCUCACAAUCUCCCAUUAUCAACAAUGUCACUCGUUGUAUUAUUCAUAUUUUAGCAAACAGUCCAUUCAUGUAUAUCUCUAUCAAUCAUCUCAAAACAUCAUAUCAAUCAAUUUUAAGACAUUGCUACAUGUCUUUUUAUGUUACGAGUUACAUGUAUAAUAUAAUUAUAAUACUUGACUAGUUUUCGAUAAUACCUAUUAAAACGUAAAAUUUAUAAUGCAUAAUUUUGAAUUGAAUAACAAAGAUUCAGUAGAAGGAAACAACUGAAGAAAAUCCUUUUGGUCAUCACCUUCCUCUCGAAGCCAAAAAUUAGAUCUGACUUUUUCCGGUGGCACAGACGCAUCUACAGUCACUGGUCGGCGCGUGAACUUUGGUAGAGCGUCUUUUGAUUCUGGAAACAUGGCACAACAGUGUGAAGUAGUCACAUCCGGUGGGAGUCGGCUUUUAUGGCGGUGGGCACAGAUCUAUUUUCAGGUUUCAUAAAUGUUCUUUGUUUCGUUUUUUGCCUAGCUGGUAUGUGCUCGGUUGUAGUUUUCUGAAGUUGGAGUUUAUGGGGUAAACCAACGAUCCAACUAGAUUGUCUGGUUGUUAUUGCCGUCGAUCUUGGCUAGCUGCUAACCUUUUAGGAUUUUAAGUGUGACUUUGGGUAGAGUGACUCUCAAACAUUUUGAAGCCUUGGUCUGGUGAGCAUUGGAGGUUCAUUUUCAGUUUUAUCUUCUUAUUGUGGUGGUUGCAGUAAUCUCUUGUCGGUUUGGUUUUUAAGGUUUGUAUUUAUAAUAGGAUUCGAUCGAUGAAGCUUGAUUGUGUGAAGGUUUAAGGUGGGCUUCUAUUUAGGUGCAAAGUGAACGUCAACGACUGCGUUUAAGCCGUAUCCGAAAGUUAUUAUGGAUCGUGAAGCAAUUUUUCUUGUCGGUUUAUAAAAUUUUGGUUCUUGGGUUCGAGUGAGGGAUGAUAUCGCUUGGUAGACAAUAUGCGGCAGCGAUAGAUCUGGUUUAAGAAGACACUGUGUCUUCAGUUCUGCAAAUGGAUGGUAUUAUUUGGUUGGUCAAGGAUAACAUACGAUACAUCCGCUUCACUGCUUUCAGCCUUUUAGAAAAUAUAUUGAACUGAUUUGUUUUUUUGGCUUGUGUUGAGGGUUUAUCUUGAUGUGUUUUAGUUGUUGGGUUUUAAGCUCUAUGUUUUGUUUAUGUUGUGGUGAUAAGUUGCCUACUGUGGGUUUUAGUUACCUAUUUUUAGGCUUUUAUUUGGGGAGAUUUUAUGUUAUCUGUCACCUUAUUUAUCAAACUUUGUAUUUCACUCUGGAAUAAAUAUUAUCUGAUAAAAAAAACAAAUAUUCAAUUUUAUUCCAAAGAAAGUCAUGCUAACUAAGUGAGUUAUGUUUAUAUAUAUAGCAAAACGUUUCGUGUUUUAAAACAAUAAUAUUUGAACACUAAGAAAUAAAUUAAAUUUUUUAAAAGACUCGGUUCCAACAAAGUUUAACCAAAAGAGAGAAAAUCAACAAAGCGAAACCUAAAUCCUAAAAUACUCAUAAUCAUAUAUAGUGUAAUUUCUCAGCUGCGAUUUCAAUUCCAAGAUCAAUAUGGACUUCUUCAGCUUAUAAUAAACUUUUAUUUUACUAUAGGAAACUUAAUCGUAAUACUAACGUAAUGCAUUUUCUUUACCAAAAAUAAUUCGUUUUACAUAACUCGACGAUUAUCUCAAGUCAUCAAGCGAUCUAAUCCAAUUAACAAAAGAACAAGAUGAAACAUGUUUGAUGUGAUAGAUCAACAAGUAAAAAGAAAAAGGUUCCAAAGAGUGAUUGAAAUGGUUAUAAAACUAAAAGUUCCAAACAUAAUUUUUAUAUAUAAUAUUUCAUAAAAGACUGUACAUUCUUUUAUAUAUGAUUUUUAGGGUAAUAUUUGUCCAUCUUGCAGUUAUAAAUCUCGAAAUCAAUCUCAUCUUGAAAUCAAGACAACAAUUACACGAAGGUUUACAGUGCAUGUACUGGUUUAGAGAGGGUUGCACGAAACGUGGUUUGAUAAUGAUAAAAUGUUUUGACUAUUGCAUUGCUUCUGCUUCACGAGAGGGUCCCUUGACUGUCAUUUGUGCGUCAAGUCUUCCUGCCUUUUAUCUCUUACAACUUUUUAUGCUCACCUUUGUUUCUAAGUAAAUGGUUUUAUUUUCAAAUUGAAAUCGAGACAUCCCUACUUGUUUUCUUCAAUAGUUCUCCACUUUCAUUGAAAUGGAUCUCCUCUUGUGGUAGAAAAAUAGUCAAGUUACAUCCUCUUCUUACAAAUAUAAGCCCGCCAAAUCUUAUAAAAUCAUAGUGUGCACUCUCAUCCUCGCGGAAUAGACGUGUAAUUUAAACAUGAUCCGACAUGGGCCUGCACCAAGAAAAUAAAUUAGAUAUGAGCCUACAUUACUACAUACCCUUUAAGAAAACUGAUAUGUGCCGAUAUUUAAACAAGGUCUUAAUAAUGGGCCUUAUUUGGGCGUUUUCUUUCUAGGCUAGCUAAAAUAUAGUGCAGCCCAAGGGAAUCAAAUAUCCAUAAUAGAUAUUAGUUUUAUUACCAAACCAAUGAUUUUCUAAUCGAACCAAAGUUUAUGGAAGGUAGUUCUGCUUCAGUUAUCCCCUCUUUUCCAUAAUAUAAAUUGUUUUAAAAGCAAGAAGAUUAAAAAAAUUAUUUCAAAUAUCAUUUAAUAUUUUUUGUCAACAUAUAAAAUUUAAUAUAGUUAACCUACUUAUGCAAAUUUAAUUUGGUUACACAAUAUUUAAUAAAUAUAAAAAAUUAAAUAGAAAUAUAGAGAUAAAUUAUAUUUUAAAACAAAAACACAUUUACAAUAUAUAUUCUGGAACAUACGGAGUGUUCAUAUGAAACCGAUCGGUUGAUCAAUGAAAAAGAUUCACUUGUCGGCUACCCAGAAAACUUAAACCCAAAAAUAAAGUCGUCGUUUCUUCUCCUUUUGAUUUUGGCCUUGUCAAGGCACCGUCAUUUUCUCUAGAACCUGUUACAACAAUUCAACGUCGGUAAAAAGAAGUCGGUGUAAGGAGUUAUAGCAAUUAUUAAUUGGUAAAUUGACCAAUCGGUUUUUGAGUAAAGCUACAGGUAGGUGAAGUGUGCUUAAAACAUCAUUAGUAUUCUGUCGGACCAUAAUAUCAUUUCUUAGUUAUGCAGUAUUUUAUUUAUAACCUAUAAUAAAGUCAAGACGUAUAGAGAUAGAGGACUCGUCGAAAUCACUAUUAUGUCAUGCUGUUUAUUAUAAUUACGCAAUUUAGCAAGAUCAUAUAUAAGCUCAAACUACGACGUAAAAGGAAAAGAAAAAUUAAACUACGACGUUGAUUCCGCAGCAUAAACAGCAACACGAAACUCCAACUAUUCAAAUUACACUAUACUAUUAAUAGUUGCAUCGGACAAGUCAAGUUUUACAUAUUGGUGCUUUUCUCAUAUUUAUUAAUUAACUCAAGGUUGAGAAAUCUUAUUUUGUUAUUUAUGAAUGAACCAAAAUUGAUAGGAAAAGGGAUCGUUGGACAUAAAAAACACCGUGGAGCAACAGGCCUAACAUUUAGUACGUGAAACCCACAUGGACUAACAUGUUGAAUCUCCCUUUGCAACAUUAGAAAAUAGAAAUAUAUACAUAUGUAUUUAUUUGUUAUCUUUUAUUUCUGUAUCACUAAAAAUCCAUAUGUAAAUUUUUUUUAAGAAGUCCAUGGAUAAAUUUUGAGACUCGAAUAUAAGAAGUUAAUGAGUACUCUACCAAACUUCUCCCUAAUUUUAAAUUUGUGGUAAUAAUUUUGAUCGAUAUGUUGCUUUUGUUGGGAAUGUGAAGCCCAACACCACUGAGCUUGGAGAAGAAAAUAUGGUUUCAGUUGAUUUGAAGUAUUUUUCCUGAUUUGUUGACACUUAUGUAUGUUACGUAAACAAUGCACACACAAAGGACGUAAUUAAGGUACCUGUGUCCCCGAUGUAAGAAGCUAAGGAGGCAUAAUCCGAGAUCUUAAGCAACCGCAUGGGACAUGUAUGCUGUUCAGCAUCAAGUGUACCCAAGCUUCCAAAACAUAGGAUUAAAUUAGGAAGCAGACGAACCUCAUGACUACUUUUUUGGGUAAUUAAUUGCAAGGCCGAAGCAAGCCCACGCUUGAUUCUAUUUUUGAUGUAAUGCGAUUCAGCGGAAAUAAUAAUUAAGAAAAAACACAACGUAUACACAACUUUACGAGUGUACCAUGUACGUAGAUCGUUUAUCUAUUAAGUAUUAUUGAUUUUUAAAUUUAAAGUUUCAUAGAUUAUAAUCUUGAAUGGAACAAAUUUUCAUUUUUUUUAUUUGAAGAUGACCAACUAUGAACUUAUUUAUGUAUCCUUCACUAGUUAGCUAGUUCUUAAUACUAAUACAAAGUAGGAUAAUUUAGAAAAGUAAUGGAAAUGAAAAUAGAAAGCCAGUGUCAUCACAUGGUAUUGCCUUUAAGUGUCAUGCACAUAAAGGGCUACAUUGUUAGCUCAACAUGGAACAAUUCUCUUAAAUCCCACUUCAACUUCAACACCAGUUUGGGAACACAAAGUUUUUAAAUUCCUUAUUUAUAAUCCAAAAACCAUCCUCCAUUAUUCAACAUCUAUUUUUUUGUCAACAUGUAAUUUAUCUUAUAAGUAUACAAUAUUUAUUUUUUUUGAACUACCGUAUACAAUAUUUCUAAUUACCAAUAUUUUACUUGUUUUCUAAAUAUUGUUACAAACCAAUUGUAUAUAUGUUAUUUGAUUGCGACUGUCCAUUAACAAUGGCUGCAACUUAGUUACGAUUUUCUGUCACGUCAGUGAUAAUUAAACAUGCUGCAGACUGGGAGAAGUUACACUUAAUUUAAGAUGUUAAUUAUAGUCAAUAUUUGGUUAGAAAUAAAAUGUCACAACUACACACGACUAUAAGUGUUGUAAUAAGUGUUGUAGUGUAAAUCCAAACUAAUUUAUAAAUAUACACUUUGGAAAAUUAAGUUAGUAAAAAUGAUUACUUAUCUUGACUAGAGCAUUUAAUAUUACAUAUCCGUUUCUUAUAAACGUAAUAAAAGGUUUACAUAAAUAAUUUCAACGACUUCAGUUAGAGGUUAUCAAAUCUCUUUCUCUUCCAACUACAUCAUUGUCUAGGUUUUAUUGCGCUCUUCUCUCCAUCUCCUGUGGUCCUUUACCUAUUUAAAGUCCCUCUUAUCACUUUCUCAAUUUCUUUAUAAUUCCAAGUUUGAUUAGAUUUCAGUUUUCUACUCGUUACUCUUUCUAUUCCACCCUUGACAAAAUAUAAAAUUUGUGGGAUAAACAUAAACCCUCUAUAUCCUACUGGCUUUAUAGCCUCUCUCGUUUCCACUAAUUUAACUCCCUUGUUAAUUAAUACAACCUUUCUAUCUCUCCCUAUUUCUCUCCAUCUCUUCUGUAUUGUCCAACGUAGAGAUAGAGAUAAAGUACACGGCUUAAGAGUCAUUUUCUUGCGACAUAGUGUUACACCGAAGGAACAAUCAGUCGUACAAGAAAAUGUCUAACAGAAGAUCAAGACAAUCUUCAAGUGCUACGAGGAUCUCCGAUGACCAGAUCAUCGACCUCGUUAGUAAGCUCCGUCAGUUUUUACCGGAGAUUCGUGAACGGCGCCGUUCUGAUAAGGUGUCAGCAUCGAAGGUACUGCAAGAGACAUGCAACUACAUAAGAAAGCUGCACAGAGAAGUUGACAAUAUCAGUGACCGUUUGUCGCUGCUCCUCGACUCAGUUGAUGAAGAUAGCCAAGAAGCUGCCGUCAUUAGAAACCUACUCAUGUAAUCUUCCAAUAUAUUGAUUUAUUAUAUAACUUAUACUAUAUAAUAUUAAUUAAUAUGUAAUGUUGAUCGUCCUUAAUAUAUUAUGAAGCGACAAUUUGUCUUAUGAGCUUCUGAAUUAUGGUCCAGCAAUCACACUAAACCUCUAGUCUGUAGUCUCCAAAAGAUGUUAUAUUUAAUACUCAAAUAAUGGGAGGACUUUGAGAAAAGUUAUGAUUA